UAUGUCCCUUAUAACUCCCAGUUCACAUCCAAGAGGCGGAGGGGCCACUAAAGGAGGGGUCAGGAAGCAUGAAAACAACCAGAUAUAUGCACACCCACUGCCUCUUCUCUUCGUCGAGCCUCCUCGAAGUCGAAUCGGCUCAAUACUCGGACUGCUAGGCCUUUCGCUAACUCGUGUCGAAAAUCCUCAUUGCGAAGGAAUAUUCGACCCAGUCACUCAUUCUGUUUGGGUGUCCAACCUUGAUCACUCACUUCUUCUCUGGCGAAGAGGUUUCUUUGGAAAGGGAGAUCUAUCACGAAGUGAACCUAGUUGGCUCGCACGACAACUCAAUAUCAGGAAGAAUGCGGGAAAGGAACUCACAUCUGAAGAAGUGACUGCCAAACGUCGAGCAGAGCGAAAACAAUUCAAGCUCGAUCGAGCACGAGCUAUCGCAGCAGUAGCGGAAGAAGCAGAAACCAUUUUUGCGACAGAAGGGCGUGUCAUAACCCCUGCUCUAUCUGGUCCUGCAAUCCCUUCAGCCGCUACUUGGAAACCAACCUCACGACCACAACCUUCAGAAGAAGAGACAUCACCACCCACCCCAGCUGAAGGUGUAGCUGAAGACGCACCAGAGGAAGAAGGGCCUCUCAGAGAUGUUGAGCAUCUCCAACUUACCCUUCAAGAAGCUUUUUUCCUUCUAUGGACGAUGGACUGUCUAACAGUGCUGGAUCCUCAAUCGCUCCAACCAAUGUCUCUAAAACAAAUUUGGCUUGCUUUCCAAACAGCUGAGCUUCCUCCCCCAAUACCAGCGCCCUCAGACCCUUUUUCUGUUCUCCGAUUCGACAACCCGUUCCUCAUCAACUACGUCGUAUACCACCACUACCGCUCACUAGGUUGGGUUGUGAAAGGUGGAAUUAAAUUCUGCGUGGACUAUCUCCUGUACAAGAGAGGUCCUGUUUUUGCACACGCAGGACUCGCUCUUGUCGUCCUUCCCGUCUACGAGGACACAGAAGACCAAAUAUCAUCUCCACUCGACCUCCAGAACUCGUCUCCUUUCUCGUGGUCGUGGUUAAGCACAAUCAACCGUGUAAACUCUCAAGUGCAAAAGACAUUAAUACUUGUAUACGUGACUAUCCCUGCCCGGUCAAGAGUCCCUUUAGAUGUGCUGCAAUCACCUGCCUGCCUGGCACACUACUCUGUCAGAGAAGUUGUCCUACGGCGAUUCAUCCCAGCCCGGAUGCGCGACUG